AUGAAGGCACCUAAUGAGAAAGUAGACAAGUAUGAACGGAUACUCGCUAAAUACGACUGGCACGCCCCUCGCCCGCCGCGGGGUUAUCAGUACGGAGUAGGACGCGGCGCGAAACCCUUUGUAACAUCAGCUGAGCUGACUGUUGGUCUACCCGGUCUUGUGAAGAAGACCACAGCUGAGGAAAACGAUCUUUUUGUUGCGCUGGAGAGGCUAGAGCGACACCACCAGAAGGAAAAGAAAGGGAAGAAGGAAGACCCUGAUGCCAUGGCAAAUAAUCAUUCCAGUGCAUCUGGAACCACUAAACUUUCUUUAGAAGAUCUCUCUACUGUAGACUCAUCGGGUGUGGGUUCAUCGUUGAUGGUACGCAGCGCCCGUACUGAGGCGGUGGAUGCAGCAGAGGAGUAUUUCUUCUCAGAUGAGAAUCGUAUUACCGUACACGACUUACUUCAUGGCAAGAACACCGCCACACAGCACAAUCUUCAAAACAUCCUGGAGAUGGGCUCGCCCGAGGAGCAGUCCACCUGGAUCACCCAUGCCAGGGCGUAUCGCGAGAUGGGGAUGCACAAGAAAGCCCACCAAACCCUCAUCGAAGGCUGCGCGCGGACCGGGCGGCAGGGCAGCCUGAUCUGGGAGGAGCGGUUGAGUUACCUGCCAAAGGACGACCACGCGGCCCGUCGCCGGCUUCUGGAGGAGGCCACAGAGGCCUUCCCAGGCGCCGACGCCCUCUGGCUUGAACUGCUCACCUACCACGCCCCCCAUGAGCAGCUGGAGUGGGUGCAGCGCGCCGUGAUCGCGUGCCCGCGAAGUGAGGCGCUUUGGCUGCGUCUCGUCGCCCACGUAUCAAACCCACAGGAUCAGAAAAAGGUCCUCCAAAAGGCGUUGCAACACACCCCACAUCUUCCCUUGCUGUGGUCGAAACUGGCGCGGUUGGAGUCCUAUACGAUGGGGUUGGAUAUCUUUCGCGCGGCCGCGCAGCGGUACGCCUCUCUGGAGCUCCUCAUCGAGGCGGCCAAAUUUGUUGAGUGGAGUGCGAUCGAAAACCGGGUGCAGACGAGUAUACCCCAUAGUGGUAGGGAUGAUCCCGCGGCGGUGGAAGACGUCUCGGGUUUCGGUGAAGCUACCCUGGGCGAGAUCGAAAAAUUGGUUCGAGUCGCCGCACAGCAUUAUUUAAGCAUAUCCGAAGAUUCCUCCCGUCGCCGGUGGCUAGGCAAGGCGACGGAGCUCUGCGGCGACGGCACCGUGGAUGGUAGGAGGGUUGCCAAAGAUCCUAGCACUGGCUUUUUGUAUCUAUGGACUGCAGCGUAUAUGUUCUUAUAUGCGGUUCUGCCCGUACGUGGUGUUGAGUUGGGCAGGCCUCGUCAUGAAUCCUCUUCAAGUUCGGCGGACACCUAUCUGUUGGACAUUCUGGCUUUGCUGGAGUCACCCUGGGAACAACAUGAGCUGCUCUGUGCUCUCUGGGCUGGUUGGCUUCUUCUGCAGAAAAGUGAGGAGUCAAGAAAAGCAGCAGGUACGGUACCACCUUUGCCAAAUGAGGAUGAAAAGAUCGGGAACGAAAAGCCUUCCAAUCAAGCGAGUGAUAAGACAAAAGUGCUGUCCAACCUGGCAGAGGCGAUGAGCGUGAUACGCGCUGCGAUCGAAACGGCGCCCCGGGAAAUCCUGAAUUCUGUAUCCGAACUCCUGACAAGUGGCCAGCCUCAAGGGGUGUUGUCAAACGCGGAGCGUGGUGAGGGUACGGUGGUCACGGCCGAGGAAGAGGAGUCUCAAGAACCGGUGCGCGAAGACGUUUCAGUAGGGGAUACCUCAGUUAAACGAAGGGUUUCGAAUGAGUUGAGAGCCCGCGUGCCACUGAUCGCCGUGCUUUUACCCAUGCUUUCCAACGCAGACUACCUAACCCACGUUGAGCUGCUUCUUACCAUUGCCGAUGCUUUCUAUAAACGGGCUUACUACCAUGUCGUGCUCCACAUUCUCAAGCGGGCGCAGAUGAGUGCGCAGGAAUGUGCUGUGCCGAGCAUGUUGAUUGUCUGUGCAAUUGCCAAAGCCUAUGCUGCAUUGGGGUUGAAUGAUCAUGCUGAUGCGUGUCUUUUACAGGCAACGGUUACGAACCCUCAUGCGUCCUGCGGUGCGACAACAGGGGUUGGAUCCGGGGGCGUGAAGGACGACUUGGUGUGGGUGAAACUUGCCGUUCACCGCCGGAGCCGGGGGCAGGAGAUCACGGCAUUGCUCGAGGAAGGGAUCCAGCGCGUUCCUUCUUCACCCCGGCUGUGGCUCAUGCGCCUGGAGGAGAUGCGGAAGACCGUCUUGGACGCGAAAGCUUCCACCAAGGAUUCCAUCAUUCCGUCGGAUCUCAUCAUGCAGAUGCGCAAGCUCUACACAAAGGCGCUAUCCACUGAGCACUGCUAUCGCGAAGUGUCGGUGUGGAUCUACGCAGCCGUCCGGAUCGAGUCCGAGCUAUUUUUUUCCGCGGCGACCGCUCGAGCUUUAUUGCUGGACGCGGCUGUUGCCACAGGCGCCGCGGAUUCUCGCCACAGCAGCUCGUCCUUGCGAGCGAAAAGCGGCGGAUUUUUGCGCAACAACAUCGCAGAAGCCACGGCCGCCCUCGGGCUCGCCAGGGCAUCUGUUGAGCGGCUCCACGUUGGCGACGCGGCCGCGUUGGAAGUGGUGAAGGAGACUCUCCAGAAGCUUCCGAAGACAGGCGACGGUACCUUUACGAUCCCAGUGGGCGAGCUCCUGCACUUGUAUAUAGACCUCGAGCCGCCUUCUUCCCGUGGUCGCUCGGCUGCAUGUGUGAUGAAGCAGUGGAAAUCCCGCGAGGGGCUCGCGCUGGUAUCCGUUGCGAAGCUUUACCAUCAGGUAGGAGACCACCAGAAGGCACUUAAUCAAGCGCUGAAGGCCGUCGAGGCUGGAAAUGGUCGCUGCGGCGAUGCCAUCGCGCUGCUGUGGAGAUUAGCGCAACUCCCGGACUACCAGGCUUUGGUAGGCCAGCGACUGGAGGGUGCCGAGUGGAAACCAGGAAAGGAGCUUUCCCCGGAGCGGAUACAACGAUGGGUAUGGGGGGUUGCCGCCGCGGCAGCCUCUAGUGCGGAACGCCAUGAGCGAAAGACUUUCCUUGCCGCCACCAAGUUGGGCGAGUCUAUGAAUCCGAUAGAAAACGAUCAAGAGUUGCCAUUGAUCCGACCUAACUGCGGUCCUUUGUGGAUUGAUGUCUCCAAGGCUAGUGAUCCGAGCAACGUCACGUUGACAGGCUACCGCGAAUCGGUGGAAACCAUGCUACGGGUGGUAAUGCAGAGAGUUUUACCGUGA